CACACACACACACACACACACACACACACACAGCAGCCAAGCCCCUUAAGCUUGUCUGUUUUCUGCAUGGAUGACACUUAGUGUAGCACCGCGACUUUCUCUCUCCAUCUCUCAAGCUCUCUCUCUCUCCUCUGUAUCCCUUUCCCCCUCUCUCUCUCGCACCCUUUUUUCUUCCCUCUCCCCCUCUCUCUCUCCCUCCCCCAACUCUCGCUCUCUCUCUCUAUAACUUUUCCCUCUCUCUCCCCCUUUUUUGCUCCCUCUUUCUCCAGACCAGUAUUGGCUCCAGACGUCCAGUCUGCCUUGGCUGGUGAUUUGAUAAAUUGUCCUCUAUCUCAUCUCUGUUCAUUGUCAUUGUCAAGUGUGUGUGUGAUUAUGUGUCCGUCCUUGCUAGUGUGUUCUUGUUCGUGUGUUAUUCUACAUUCAUUGUCUAUGUUUUGAAGUGUUUGGGUUCCUCUCAGAAGGUUGCUGUCACUGCGUUCCUCUUAGAAGGUAGCACUUUAUGUAAGAUGAUACCUGCGCGUGUGGGUGCACUGUACUGUAGCCUAUUAGCUCGAGCUCCCAUUCCCUCUGCUGUUCCGGUUACCCGGUGAAUGAUAUCAACAGAGCGUUUUGCCUGUUCCCUACUGAGCGAAAGAGCACGCUUGAAAGGAGAAUAACAUCAAACCGCACAACUGAACGACAGCCAGAGCGCAUGGAACCAGGGAAAAUAUAGGCUACCCACAGCAACGGCGAGAGCACAUUGACAGGACAACGGGAGGACUGUUUAUUCAAGUUGGACGGAUGAUUUAGCGAACACAAUUGAGUAGACUGCCCGGCGGAUGAUAAGCGUCCGGGACCGGUGCUGUCGAUUGUGCGAGGAGGCAAAUUAACGUUACCGGAGGAAGAAGAUGAAGUCGUCUGGGGUCGUGGAAGGAGGACUGUUCACAGAGAGUUACUGCAACAUCUGUAACGCCCAACUCAUCUCCGAGUCGCAACGCACAGCACACUAUGAGAGUAAGAAACAUGCCAAUAAGGUCCGUCUCUUCUACAUGUUACACCCAGAAGACGGAGGCCCACCUUCCAAGAGACUGAGACCAGACAACCCUGACAGUGCAGAGACAGAGGUGGACAGCAAUAAGUGCUGUACGUUAUGUAAUAUGUUCUUCACGUCGGCCAUUGUUGCCCAGUCUCACUACCAGGGCAAGACACAUGCCAAGAGAGUACGACUGGUACUGGGAGAAACACCCAGCUUACCUACUGCUACCAACAGCCCUACCACCACAGACUCAUGCCCUUCCACCCCCCAGCCCAGCGACUCAAACCCUGCUCCUCCUGCCCUACCACGGCCCUCCUCUCUAGCACCCCCGGUGGUGGUGGUGGGUAGUGGUGAGACAGGGAAGUACUGCUGUCUGUGUGGAGCAUGGUUCAACAACCCUCUGAUGGCCCAGCAACACUAUGAGGGGAAAAAACAUCGCAGGAAUGCAGCCAGAGCACAACUACUGGAGCAGCUAGCUGGCAGUCUGGACGCUACCGAAACUACAGGUCUCCGCAGCAGAUACUCCUGCAGUGUAUGUAGUGUUGUGUUGAACUCCAUUGAACAGUACCACGCACACCUCCAGGGCUCCAAGCACCAGAACAACUUGAAGCAGGUCCAGCAGUGAAGCACUGGAACCAGAGACCUGUGGACAUGUGGAGAAUGGGAAAAUGGGAAUACUAAACAUGGGAAGAGCACUGUACAGAGCAUUGUAAAACGAAAAUAAUAUUAGUUGUGGAAUUUUGGAAGACUGAGAGACUUCUACAGAUGGCUUAGUACUGUGUGUGUGUGUGUGUGUGUGUGUGUGUGUGUGUGUGUGUGUGUGUGUGUGUGUGUGUGUGUGUGUGUGUGUGUGCGUGCGUGCGUGCGUGCGUGCGUGCGUGCGUGCGUGCGUGCGUGUGUGUUUUUAAUCUGACGAUGUCCUGGAGGUUACUGACCAUCUAAGUGUUUGAUAUGUGUACUUUGACCCCACAGCAGUCAGAAAACCAUUGGAUGUUGCUAGCGAUCGCCAUGCUGUUUGUGUGCGUCCCAAAUGGCACCCUAUUCCGUUUAUAGUGCACUUCUUCUGACGAGGGCCCAUAGGGCUCUAUUAAAAAGUAGUGUACUAUAGAGACUCCUUUUGUGAACCACAAUCCUACAAUCUAACUAAGUGAUGUCAGUGUUACCCAGACCGGUGAUAACCGUUACAAUGAUAGUCAUAGAGUAGAAGAAACAAUAUCAUCACCACUAUAUCAGUCCAGAGGGUCAGGGCUGCAAUACAUAUGUAUACAAAUAUAUAAUACAUAUAUUCAUACAAUAUAUUUUCUAAAUGCCUGGAAGUUAUCUGUGCAACAGCUUCAGUGCUCAGUGAGUAGCUCAUAAACAUAUAUUGAUAUCUAUAGUAAAUAUAUGCACAUUUAAUGUAUGUUUACAUACGUUUAGAUAUUCAACUAUGUUUUCAGCCCUCAGUUCCAUGCAGAAACAGGGAGAGGAAAGACAAAUAUGUCAGCCAAUUGAAAGGGGUUUUCCCAACUUUGGGUGAUGCCAGACAGUCUUUGGUGCCUAUGUAAUACAAACUGUAACACAGCCAUUUUUAAAGUGGUAGCUGAUAUCCUGAAUUUGUCACUAAAUGACUGAUCAUUCAACUCAGAUAGACAGGGAUAUGCAUUGUAUAUGACACUUCUAUUCAGAGCGAUAUCAAGUCAAUUCAUUUGAAUACAACGUUGUAAGGAUACAAUCUGUAACUUGAAUAUCCUCAGUGGCUACUCAAUGUAUUGCAAACACACUUGGCCAAGACGCUGAACAAAAAUCGACCGGUUACAUCUGCCAAAACACACUCUCUUCACUUUAUAUACACACGUUCUGUGACAGCACUUCGAACUGGAUUUGAAAGUAACAGAUUGUAACUUUAAACAACCACGUAGUUCUUUUAAACUAAGGGUCAGUAUAUAUGGUUCAGUAAACAUUCCUAUGUUUAGUACCUCUGUGAUUAAUGAUGUCAUAGACACGAGACAGUGUCAGUCAGAAUCCCUUUUCUCUGAAACCAUAUAUGAGACGACACCAUUUGUUUUUCGACCACACUGAUCUAGAGUCCGUUUGCAGUUUCCUGGACUCACUGGCAUAAAGCACUUACUGUAUUCAGGAUGGUGGCCCUCAGUAACAAAGUGUUAUUGUUUACCUUACCAAGCCACGAGAAGUAACUCUGCCACUACCAAAACAUAUGGUGAGACAUCAAUGGAACGCAGAACGUGGGGGACAGGACAAGGACGCCGCCAUUGGCACUCAUUCAGAAAUGCUGAUCCGAUAAAGUUAUUAUUUGUCAAAUCCGUCAUAAAUGAUGUGUUCUAACAGGCCAACAAUGUAGUUACUAAAAUCGGAUUUGGAUAUACAGUAUUUGGCUGUUUUGCUGCAUAAUAUUUAGAAGCUGUCCUUUUCUAACUGGUGACUCCGGUUAGGAUAAGCUGGUAAUGGUGGAGCAUAGCUGGUAAUGGUGGAGCAUAGCUGGUAAUGGUGGAAGUUGAAGUGUAAUGCAGUUGAUUGAUGGCGAUGAAAUGAACAUGUAUUCGAGGUUAAAAACCAAACAAGCAUUACACUUUUAUUUUGACCUCAACGUAGUGUGAAAUAUACACAUAUGAACAAUAGACUAAAUGUAGGCUCAUUUUGCUGGGGGCAAUGAGGAGAUUCUAGAUCUAUCCUCCACGGGAGGACACGUGCAUGGCGUUUCCAUGGUUUUAGUCAAACUCUUACGUGAUCUAUCUAACGGUUACCACCAACCUAUGUUUGUCAUGGGCAUCUCUAGCCACUGGUAAAUCGUAUCGUUCUAAAAAGGCAAGACGACAAACAGACUUGCCUUUAAAAGGACACAGUUCCAUGCUAUGCCGUUUUUCUGUUUCUUGAUGUUGUUGAGAGUUUCAUGUAUUUUUCCCCUGUGAAGUGGUGAACACAUUAAAACAUUUGUUCUUUUUGCUUUGCGUUUUAACAGA